AUAUUUACCUGUGAGCCCUGAGCGUUAGGAAUACAUUAAGUCAAAGUAUCACAGAUGUAGUUGGGUCCUUGCGUUCGGUAUCGUAGCGCCAUCUCAGCGGACUUUCCGUGGGUUUCCCCGGUUUUUCGCGGAGCGGUAGAGGUCGUGGGGUGCGCGCGCCCCCCGUGCGCAAUCAAUACCUGCGCCGUCCGCCGCCGUCCCGAAGGCUCGCUUGUCACCCUCUGUCACGUCAGCGGGGAGCCGACCGACGCGCUCUGCGGCUCUUCCCGAACACUUCACAAUCCAACAUAAAUUGUCUUUCAUCAUCCGUUCCAAAAUGUAUUAUAACUAGACCCCAUAAAAUGUGCGCGUUAAUUCGCCAGCUUUCUUGUCCGCGAAACGGCUCGCGUGCGACUCGAGGCCCGCGCGUGUCUGCAUAGUAUACCGACGAUGUUGUACGUUUGAGUUUACGUCUGAACUAAUACAGCGAAAAUGCAUCUUCACUUCGAGAGAAACGUAAAUGCAAAAUGCGACUGCUCCAUACUGUCGCUGUCCUGGAUGGGGAAGGUGCCCGACGAGCUGCCUGAGGAGGAGGGUUGGAAGCUCAACCGCAACAACUAUUACCAAGAAGGAUGGCUGGCUACCGGGAACGUCCGAGGAGUGGUAGGAGUUACGUUCACAUCGUCGCAUGCGCGCCGGCCGCACGAACUGCCGCUGCGCACAAAUUACAAUCUGCGUGGACAUCGAUCUGAUGUGAUCCUGGUAAAAUGGAACGAGCCAUACCAGAAGUUGGCGUCAUGCGACAGUAGCGGAGUGAUCUUCGUGUGGAUCAAAUAUGAAGGUCGUUGGAGCAUCGAGCUGAUCAACGACAGAAGUACUCCAGUCACGCACUUCUCUUGGUCACACGAUGGACGGAUGGCACUCAUUUGUUAUCAGGACGGGUUCGUGUUGGUGGGCUCGGUGGCAGGCCAGCGCUACUGGUCGUCCAUGUUGUCCCUGGACGCGCGCAUCACCUGCGGCUGCUGGACGCCCGACGACAACCAGGUGUACCUCGGCACCGCCUCCGCACAGCUCGUCGUCAUGGACGUCCACGGUGCUAUGGUUUCACAGGUACAACUAGUAGCUGAAGGCGGCAUAAUUUCGAUGGCUUGGUCGUGUGAGAAGUUCAAGAUGGAAGAAGGUGAGGAGACGGGAGAGAACAAUGGGGGGCAUGUGCUGGCCGUGGCGCUCGGGAGCGGGGAGAUAGUUCUGCUGAGAGGGCACGAUGACGUCAGCCCCGUGCGGGUGUCCACCGGCCUGCGGGGGAACACGCUUGCCAUGGAGUGGGCCAACUCCAGGGAACUGCUAGCGGUCGCGGGCACUCUCAUUGCUGAAGCGGACGAGCCGGCGGACUCGCCUCCCUACAAGAAUGUCGUCAAGUUCUACUCAGACACCGGAGCGCUCAUCUACACCGUGCCCAUACCUUACACACAGGGCACGGUGCGCGCGCUGACGUGGGGCCACUGCGCGCGGCGGCUGUUCGUGUGCGCGGGCGGCGCGGUGUGCACGGCGCGCGUGUGGCGCGUCGUGGCGCCGCUGCAGCUGCUGGCGCGCGUGCGGGCGGCGCAGGCGCUGCGGGACCCGCGCCUCGCGCCGCGUCUGCCGCUGCCGCCCCGCCUGCAGCCCGCGCUCGCCAACCUCUUCGCACACACUAUACGGUGCAACGUUCCCGAGACGAACGAACUCCGUCUGUUCGUGUCCCGUCCGCCGGCGGCCGGCGGUCGCCUGCACUGUACGAUGUUGCGCCACGACGACGAGGAGGCGGGCGCCUACACCCUGUACCUGGAACACCUCGGGGGACUUGUGCCGCUGCUCAAGGGACGGAGGACUAGCAAGAUUAGACCCGAGUUCGUGAUCUUCGAUCCACAAGCUGAAGCGGAGAAGGCGUCGAGCAGCAGCAGCAGUAGCAGCAGUAGCGGCGCGACCAGCUCGUCCAGCGGCGGGGGCGCGGGCUCGCCCCGCACGCCCCGCGCCGCGCGCCCCCGCCCCCGACACGCGCUGCACGGACACACCUCCUCCUCCGACACUGAACGAGAAGAAGGUUGCUCCGGGUCCCCGCGACUACAGCGCCGGCGCCGGGCGCGGGAGAGGCGGAAGGUACGCAACUCCAGCGAGAAGGAAGACGCGCCUGACGAACUCGCCUACAUCGACUCCUUGCCCGAGGACGUACGUUUAGUAGAAGUAACAUCUAAUAUAUGGGGAACUAAAUUUAAAAUGCACGGUUUAGCUAAAAAUGUCCCGGCCAACCUCGGCCAGGUCACGUACAAGACCUCCUUGCUCCACCUCCAGCCGAGGCAGAUGACGCUCAUGAUCACGGAGCUGCGGGACGACUACCCCGUAGGCCCGGACCCUAACUUUAAUCCCAACAUCUUCUCCGAGGAUGAAGAGGAAGUGUUCCAGUCCAACGACUCCAACGAUUCUCCGUCGCACACCAAUAAUAAUAUCAGAAGAAAAUUAACUCUCAACGAAAGAUUAAAUAAUACCAACAAUAGCAAUCAAAACGACAGCUACGUGGCCAACAACAACAACCAGAACAGCCCGUCGCUGGCGCGCGCCGAGUCGUACGACGAGUUCCCGUACAUCGACACCAACACCAACGAGACCGUGAGCAACGUGCCGGAGACCGUGUACUCGGCCGCCGUGCGCCACGCCAGCCAGACCGAGCGGAGAGUCAGCAACACGGCCGGCGUGCCCAACCGACACGCCAUCUCCCCGCUGCGCUGUGAGAGCUCCGUCCCCACGCUACAGUCGCCUAAAAACGCAGUCGCGCCCACAGACAUCAUAUUCGAGCGACCUUCCCCGCAGACAGUCACGUGUGGGGGCCGCGGCGACUUCUGCGGGGGCAGGACCGACUACAGCGUGCGGGGAGACAACGUGUCGCUCAAGGGAAACUUGUCCAACAUCGAACAACAGUCUUUCAAUCUUAAUUUAAGUCUGGAACCGAGCAGACAGGUCACGAUAAAGAAAUGUGAUAAUCACGUUACGGACAAUUGCCUUUCAAAAUUACGCAAAAACAUUUGCAGCAGAGGCGAGUCUGCUUCGUACGACAUGAACACGAGGAUCCUUAAAUCGCUCUGUAACAAAAAUUACGAGCAUGAAGUGCACCCAGACGCUCUGAGUAAACGCGGUGAAGCAAUGAAACACUUGCAGAAAAGUGAGGAUUUGAAGUUUAUCGACGAGGAGACCCCCGUGGAUACCACUAUCAGUAACUUGACCGACAAGGCUCGGGAGGUUACCGGUAAAGUGCAGAGGACGACGACUGUGGUACCUAUUAGUCCUGUGUGCGCGACCAUCCCCGUGUACGACACGAUGACUAGGAGCUGCAGCGUCGGCUAUCUGGACCUCGUGGACCCUCAGGUACUGCACGCACAGGUGAGUUUGACCGCGCUGCGGGGCGAGCCGCCGCGGAGACUGGUACUCGUCAACAACAAGCGCCACCGGCGACAGAGGCGACACGUGCGCGCCGGAGACUCCAAGCAGGCCGAGUGUACCAAGACACCGAGCUUGCGGAGAUGUGGCAAGUCCAGGAGUCUCGAUUCCAGUGAAAUGUCACUAACCGUAGAUAAGAGUAAGCGACAGUCGCGGGUGGACACAGUGUCUCCCAAGGCCGAGGUGACGUCGGCGCAGUCCAGCAGCCGCUGCACCAGCGCGGGCGAGGACAACAGCGGCACGUCGGCGUCGGACAGCGGGCGCGCGUCGCGGCGCGCCGGGGGCGGCGCGGCCUGCAACACGUGCCGCGGGGCGCCGCCCGCGCCCGCGCCGCGCCCGCCCGCCGACAGCGACUCCGACUACAGCAAGUAUUACAGUUCGCUGGAACAACUGGCGCUACGGCUGCUGGCAUCGCGGUCAAUGCGGGCCGCGGGCGGGGCGGGGAGCGGGGCGGGCGGGGGCGUGGCCCGCGAGGUGAGCUCUGCGCCCGCGUCCCCGCGGCCCCGCCCCGCGCGCGACCACGGCGCCGCGCCCGCCGCCGCACCGCACACGCCGCAACACACUCCACCACGCAGGCAUCGGUACUCCUCCGCUUCGCCUAUCAGACAACUUUUGAACUCUCCACUGUUAAAUCGAAGAAGAAACAAGAAACCGUCCGAAAGUUCCGACGACGAGUACUCGACGGGCGGCGGCUACAGCGAGGUCAACGGCAAGAACUAUAGAGAUCUGGAAAGUUUCCAGAAGGCACAACUUAGGAAUAAGUUGAAGCGCGCGGGCGGCGUGAUGUCGGGCAGUAGCUCGGCGAGCGACAGCCGCAACAACAGCGCGCGGCGCCAGCUCGUCAUGCACAACAAGGCGCCCAUGUGGAACGAGAACAGCCAGGUCUACCAGCUCGACUUCGGGGGCCGCGUCACGCAGGAGUCCGCCAAGAACUUCCAAAUAGAAUAUCAUGGCAAACAGGUGAUGCAGUUUGGCCGUAUCGACGGCAACGCGUACACACUGGACUUCCAGUACCCGUUCUCAGCGCUUCAAGCCUUCGCGGUGGCUCUCGCCAACGUCACUCAACGUCUGAAGUAAACUCCAUCCUUACGAUCGCUAACAGCGCUCGGCACUCGUAGCCAAGCUGACCGGAGGCUGGCCUAUCAGACUUUUGCGUUGCAGUUCUAUAUUGUCAUAUUAUCAGUCACAUCACAUUCACGUUAUGCGGUAAGCAAAUAGCAGCUAGUUGUAGGUACAUUUCUGUCCUUAUAAAGUCUCAUAGGAACUUGUGUUCGCCAAUAUCUUCGGUCAGCGUCCUCGUUAGAAGCUGUUACGCCAUUGGUCGAUGAAGCUUUGUACACACUCGUCUUUUAUGCGUAUUGAUCGAACUCGCCCAUCCAAAGAUAUUUUUACACAAGCGUAGAUAGGAUAGCCUUGUAAAGUUUCUAAUUCAGUCUCAACGCCGAUGAAUGAAGAAAUCGGACACAUUGUAGUAGGGGAGCCCAUGAAGGAAUUUUGGGAAUUACUUGAGUGCGUAAGAAUAACAUGUUUAAUAAUGCAUGGAGAAUGCAUACACUUAUAUACAUUUAGUUUGGGGCUCUGGGGUCUUGAUCUAUCACUAGUGGAAGGUAAUAUCAUUAAUCUAGUCUCUACAACACUCGAGUAAAUCCAAAUUGAGCAUUCUGAGCUCCCCUACUAUUGGGACCACCAUGGACAGCUUAUUAUGUCUUAUGUAAAUUUCAUGAUACCACUAUAGCAAAAGUAAAUAAUUUAAGAUACAAAUAUUAUAUAUUUUCACGAUAGACAUUUUGCAUAAUGAAAUAAUUCUAAAGUGACUUAAUGUACUGGCCUAUAGUUUGUAGUUACCACAACCUCUUGAUGUUGUAAGGCUCAUGACUAUAGUGAAGUUAUAAUUUGGUCCCAGAGUAACAUUUUGUAUAUUACAAAGGUAUCGCGUUGCCGUUGUUUUGAUUGAUAUUUAGUUACCGAGCAUGCGGCCUAGGUAUGUCACGCAUCUUGCAGGUAAAGUAUCACUGUCCAUCAGUUAUCGAAGUAAAGUCUAGCGAAUAUAAUGUGCGUGUUAGCACGUUCUAGGUGAAGACAUUGUUGUCAUGUGUGUUAUAUUUAACUAUUGUUGUUGUCAUUGUAUCAUUACUAUUGCAUUUAUUACCUUAUUGUUCUACGUGUUUACCGUUUUGUUUAUAAAUUGCAAAUACGACUUUUCGUGCAAUUAAAAGUUACGGAUUUAUGUAAAACAAUGUUUUAAUAUUAUUUUGUUUACUUUAUAAAAUUAUAUUCGUUUAAGAUAAAUGAACUGAUUUAUUGAAUCGUAUUACCUGUGUAUAUAAAAGUUCUACAUAAGUGCAUACCUAGAAUUAGUGUGAGUAAGAAGAGUUAUUUUGAUUGCACUUAUGUUUUUUACUUUUAUCAAAACUUACAUAUCUAUGGUUAAUUAUUACUAGAUUGUUAGAAGUGUUA